AUGGCCGAUCGCAGCGCAUGGCAGCGCUCCCUAUGGCCAGCCGGCCCAGCUUUCCACUACUUUGUACUUUGUACUGGCGGAGGGAAAAGGGGAGAGACGACAUCGCAGACUCGCAGGCUCGCAACUCCCGCCCAUCGCAUCACACUCCCUCUCCCUCUCGCCCUCACCAAUAAUAACAACGGUUCUGGUAUACUGGCGACUGGCUUCAGGAUCCCGGCCGCGUCCUGCAGCUGCAACAACAACAACAACCGCAACUCGGACGAAGCCCCUGGCGUGGCCCAUCCCGACCAACGACAGGCCCGCCGUCGUCGCUGGCGGCUGGACGCCGUUGACGGCCUGACGGGUUUGGGGGAUUCAAGAGUUGCGGAGCUUGGGAGGGUCGUGGAGCUUUGGGACGUCGUUCGAUCGCUUGGUUCGCAGAGCGCGCUUACGCCUCGAGAGUCGAGACAUGUCGAUUGCGGAGUGGAAUCAAAUCAAGAGGCUUCCUACUGCUGCUCCGAGUGUUUCGACCGGAGCAGAUGUGGAGAUGAGGCUUUGCCCCCGUACUCCCGCUUCCUUUUCGAAUUCGUCAUGCUCGUUGGCUACGAUACGGAGAACUUGGCCCGUACUUAUCCUGAGCUGAGAACAUCAGAUCGGGAUGAUGAUCGAGGACCAUUAGAUGCCGUCCAGCCGCGGAGCACAAGGCAGCAGACCACACUGGCGGCGCCCUGUCUCCUGACCUGCUGUCCAAUCGCCGAGCUCCCCGGCGAUCCUCUGACGAUCCUCUAA